AUGAAACGCGAUGAGUCGGUAAAGAGCAUCUCACAGUAUAGAGCGACCAGGAGCGAGCAGCCGUCCUCGGUCGCGUUAGGCUGGCGGCAGAACUCGCUCACUAUAAGCGCGUUCGCUCAGCAUUCCGCUUACUUAGCUGAAAAAGCGCGCAACAAAGAAGUUGAAGAACAAAAAGGUCAAUCUCCACCAGUUUCGUGGUUUCAUCUAUUUAGAUACGCAACACCAUGCGAACUGUUCCUGUUAAUCGCGGGCGUGGUCCUGGCGACCCUGAACGGACUCUUUGUGCCUAUUGGUGUGAUCAUCUACGGCGAGUUCACAGCUCUCCUCAUAGACCGUACUGUGAUGAUCGGUACCUCGAGCCCAACCAUCACCAUGUCGAUGUUCGGCGGCGGUAGAAUACUAACAAACGCAACCGCUGAAGAGAACCGCCAAGCAUUAAUCGAGGAUUCGCAAGCCUUUGGCAUCGGGUGCACGGUGUUCUCGGUGUUACAGUUCAUAUGCGGAGCAAUCAGUGUGGAUCUCUUCAACUAUGCAGCGCUAAGACAAAUUGACAGAGUCAAAGAGAAGUUUCUGCAAGCAGUACUCCGUCAGGACAUCACGUGGUACGACCUUAACACGACCAUGAACUUCGCAACUAAGGUGUCUGAUGAUGUGGAAAAGUAUCGCGAAGGUAUCGGUGAGAAGGUGGCGAUGUUUGUGUACCUUGUGAUGUCGUUCGUCACCGCCGUGCUUAUCUCACUGGCGUACGGCUGGGAGCUCACUCUAGUCAUCCUCUCCUGCGCACCCGUCAUUAUAGCCACUACUGCUGUCGUGGCUAAAGUCCAAUCGUCACUGACCACUCAAGAGUUAAAAGCCUACAGUAUCGCAGGCGUGGUGGCUGAAGAAGUUUUGUCGGCUAUUAGAACAGUCGUCGCUUUUGGAGGUGAAGAAAAGGAAAUAGAAAGAUAUUCAGUUCGUCUGGAGCCAGCGAAGAAAACUGGCACAAGAAAAGGAAUCUAUUCAGGCAUAGGAAGUGGGCUCAUGUGGCUGAUUAUAUACAUGACGUACGCUCUUGCAUUCUGGUAUGGUGUCGGACUGAUCCUCGAAAGCAGACAGGAAGUUGUUCCCGUAUAUACGGCGGCAGGAGUGAUGAUUAUUUUCUUCAGUGUACUCCAAGGAGCUCAGAACGUCGGUCUAACUUCACCUCAUAUAGAAGCUAUGGCAAACGCGAGAGCUUCUGCUGCCUCCAUAUUUAAUGUCAUAGAUAGGAAGCCUGUUAUUGAUAGCCUGUCAGUAGAGGGAAGCAAACCUGAACUAGACGGAGAGCUAGAGCUGAAGGACGUAUACUUCAGAUAUCCUGCUAGGCCUGAUGUUCAGGUGCUGAACGGGCUGUCGCUGAAGAUCAACCGCAACGAGACAGUGGCGCUGGUGGGCGCGAGCGGGUGCGGCAAGUCGACGGUGCUGCAGCUGCUGCAGCGCAUGUACGACCCGGAGGCGGGCGCCGCGCUCGCGUCCGGACACGACCUGCGCGCGCUCAACGUGCGCCACCUGCGCUCGCACAUCGCCGUCGUCGGCCAGGAGCCCGUGCUCUUCGCCGGCUCCAUCAAGGACAACAUACGGUUGAGUAAUCCUGCGUGUACUGAUGAAGAAAUUAUCGUCGCAGCUAAACAGGCGUACUGCCAUCACUUCAUUAAGAAUUUACCUGACGGCUACGACACCAUGAUAGGGGAGCGCGGUGCGCAGCUGUCGGGCGGGCAGAAGCAGCGCAUCGCGAUCGCGCGCGCGCUGGUGCGGCGGCCCAAGAUCCUGCUGCUGGACGAGGCCACGUCGGCGCUCGACUCGCACAGCGAGGCCAAGGUGCAGCGCGCGCUCGACGCCGCCGCGCACGGACGCACCACCGUCAUGGUCAGCCACAGGUUGGCAACGGUGCUGAACGCCAACAGGAUUGUGUUUAUCGAAAAAGGCGAAGUCGUGGAACAAGGCACUCACGAAGAGUUAAUGACACAAAGAGGCCGAUACUACCAGCUUGUAUUAGAAAACGAACCCAGCAUAGCGCCCAGCGGAUCUAAUCCGGACGUACAGAAACAGGCAAGAAUAAACAAACCAAAACUACAAAAGUUGGCUUCAAUCGAUUCAAUAAGAAGCACCACUGACUCCGAUGACUCUAGCUCCGAAGACAGUGUGGUACUGGAAGAAAGUAAGGAGGAAGAAUUUAAGCCGACCACGUGGCAGAUACUGAAGCUGUGCGAACCGGAGAAGUGGCUGAUGGUCGGUGGUGUGAUCGCCGCUAUCGCCGUAGGCUCAUCCUUCCCGUGCUUUGCAAUACUGUUUGGUGAAACUUAUGGUUUGUUAGAAAAUCUGGAUGAGGACUUCGUACGCGGCGGAACCAAUAUCAUCGCCGUGCUGUUUCUAGUGGUGGGCGUGUACACGGGCAUCGGAAUUUUCUUUCAAAUUUUCAUCUUCAAUUUGACCGGCGUCCGACUGACUGCGCGACUAAGGGUAGGUGCAUUCCGAUCCAUGUUGAAACAAGAGAUUGGUUGGUUCGAUGAUCCAGUGAAUGGUAUUGGUGCCCUCUGCUCAAGACUGGCUGCGGAUGCUGCCGCUGUGCAAGGGGCAACGGGAACCCGCAUUGGCGCCCUCAUGCAAGCCUCUGCAACCAUUAUUAUCGGCAUCAUACUGUCGCUGUACUACACCUGGCAGAUGACGCUAGUCUCGCUCGUUUCCGUCCCAAUGGUCAUAGCGGCUGUCGUGCUGGAGGGUCGGGUCCUGUCGGCAGGCAUCACCACUGUCAGGGAAGCCUCCAAUAAGGCGAACACAAUUGCUACGGAAGCUAUAACCAAUAUUAGGACUGUGUCUGCCUUCUGCGGCGAGGAGGGCGUGCUGAGCCGGUACCGCGCGGCGGGCAUGCGCGCGCGCGCCACGGCGCGGCGCAGCAUGCGCUGGCGCGGCUGCGUCUUCUCCUUCGGCCAGACGGCGCCCGUCGCCGGCUACGCGCUCGCGCUCUGGUACGGCGGCGUGCUCGUCGCCAACAACGAGGUGCACUACAAGUCCGUCAUCAAAGUAUCGGAGGCGCUGAUCUUCGGCGCGUGGAUGAUGGGGCAGGCGCUGGCGUUUGCACCGAACUUCGGCGCGGCGAUGCUUGCGGCCGGACGCGUCAUGACGCUGCUGGCGCGCACCCCGCGCGUCACCAGCCCGCCCGCGCCCACGCUGCCCGACACCUACGUCGCAAGUGGGAAGAUCCAGUACAAGAGCGUGAAGUUCCGCUACCCGACGCGGCGCGAGGUGGAGGUGCUGCGCGGGCUGUCGCUGGUGAUCCCGAGCGGCAAGCGCGUGGCGCUCGUGGGCCCGAGCGGCUGCGGCAAGUCCACGCUCAUACAGCUGCUGCAGCGCCUCUACGACCCGGACGACGGCUACGUGUAUCUAGACGACCACAGUAUAACAGGCGAAAUGAGUCUUUCAACACUUCGAAAGAACCUCGGUAUCGUCUCCCAAGAGCCCGUCCUGUUCGACCGCACGAUAGCGGAGAACAUUGCAUAUGGAGACAACACAAGAGACGUUCCUAUGGAAGAAAUAAUCAUGGCGGCUAAGGCGGCCAACGUGCACACAUUUAUUGCUGCUUUACCUACUGGCUACGAGACGCGUAUCGGCGCGCGAGCUUCGCAGCUGUCGGGCGGACAGAAGCAGAGGAUCGCCAUCGCGCGCGCUCUCGUCAGGAACCCGCGCGUCUUGUUGCUCGACGAAGCCACCUCGGCUCUCGACACGCACAGCGAAAAGGUCGUGCAAGAAGCUCUAGACCGCGCUAGUGAAGGCCGCACUUGCCUUAUAAUAGCGCACCGCCUAGCUACCAUACAGAACGCGGACAUUAUCUGCGUCAUCGAUAAAGGCGUGAUCGCCGAAAUGGGCACUCACACGGAACUCAUCGCGAGGAAGGGGAUCUACGCGCGACUGUAUGAGUUGCAAUGCGGCUUCGUUGAGGAGUCCGAGGAGGACAUCGAUAGCGGUGCUGCUUAA